CGUGCCGGCGGGCCCGGCGACAGACUUCCAGGGGGGCCAUGGCCGUGCUGGCGUGGAAGUUCCCGCGCACCCGGCUGCCUGUGGGCGCCAGUGCCCUCUGCGUGGUGGUCCUCUGUUGGCUCUACGUCUUCCCUGUCUACCGGCUGCCCGACGAGAAGGAGAUCGUGCAGGGGGUGCUGCAGCAGGGCACAGCGUGGAGGAGGAACCAGACGGCCGCCCGGCUCUUCAGGAAACAAAUGGAAGACUGCUGUGACCCCGCCCAUCUCUUUGCUAUGACUAAAAUGAAUUCCCCCAUGGGGAAGAGCAUGUGGUACGAUGGGGAGUUCUUAUACUCCUUCACCAUUGACAACUCAACGUAUUCUCUCUUCCCUCAGGCAACCCCCUUCCAGCUGCCAUUGAAGAAAUGUGCGGUGGUGGGAAAUGGUGGGAUUCUGAAGAAGAGUAGCUGUGGCCGGCAAAUAGAUGCAGCAAAUUUUGUCAUGCGAUGCAACCUUCCUCCCUUGUCAAGUGAAUACACUAAAGAUGUUGGAUCCAAAAGUCAUUUGGUGACAGCCAAUCCCAGUAUAAUUCGGCAGAGGUUUCAGAACCUCCUCUGGUCCAGAAAGACAUUCGUGGACAACAUGAAAGUCUACAACCACAGUUACAUCUACAUGCCUGCCUUUUCUAUGAAGACAGGAACGGAGCCAUCCCUCCGGGUUUAUUAUACACUGUCAGAUGUUGGUGCCAAUCAAACAGUACUUUUUGCCAACCCCAACUUUCUGCGUAGCAUUGGAAAGUUCUGGAAAAGUAGGGGAAUCCACGCCAAGCGCCUGUCCACAGGACUCUUUCUAGUGAGCGCAGCCCUGGGCCUCUGCGAAGAGGUGGCCAUCUAUGGCUUCUGGCCCUUCUCUGUGAACAUGCGUGAGCAGCCCAUCAGCCACCACUACUAUGAUAAUGUCUUGCCCUUUUCUGGCUUCCACGCCAUGCCAGAAGAAUUUCUCCAGCUCUGGUAUCUGCAUAAAAUUGGAGCACUGAGAAUGCAGCUAGAUCCGUGUGAGGAGCCCGCACUCCAGGCCCCUUCCUAGGGAUGGCAGAAGAAGAAAGCGCUGAGCCAGGGUAUUUGUUAGGUUUUCCAUGUGACUCCAAAGGGCAACGAUCAGGUUGUCUCGUGGAUUUAUGUGUGCCCCUUCAAAAGAUGUGAAAAGAACAACAAAAACUCAAGCAGAACUUGUAAUGUUGGCUUGGAAGAUAAAUAAGAAAUGGAACAUCCUGUGAAACAUUUUGUAGCACAUUUGCAACUAGGAAAAUCCUGAUGAGGAUGUUGGCAAAGCACAUUUGUAUAGUUCAAACCUGCAAGAUGCAAUUCAGAAACAAGAUGAACUCUAGCUGUUGAGGCUGACAAACUAAUCAAGAUAGAAUAAAGAAAAUGCCAGGGCAAAAGUGUGUUGCUAAUGAUCAACACAAACUGGCCUAAUAUAAUUCAAAAAGACCUGUCUUAUGAAGACUUAUUAGCACCAUAGGUUUUUAAAAAUUAUUAUUUAUUUUUGCCCUAUUUAGGGGCAGAGAGUGGGUGAUGGGGUAGAUUUUUAAAAUCCCUUAUUGAGUAAUAAGGAUACAAAAUGCUACAGCUGAUUAUUGUGAUUUGUUGAGCCAAUUCUAUAUUAACUGUAGCUCCCCUCUAUUUCUAAAAACUUAAGAAGUGUUUCCUCCUCCUCUGUCAAGUGUACUUAGAUGACGUGAAGCAUUGUUGGAUUUAGACUGUGUCGAUUUAUUGUCUGGGUAACACGAGCCACUUUCCCUCCUCAGCAUUAGGACGGAUACUCGAUUUUAGGUCCGCAUUAUGGAAAUCUGUUUGCAUUAUUAUUAUUUUAGUGCAAAAAGACUAAAUGAGCAUAAUUGUCUUCAAAAAUUUCAUGUUCAGAGAUAAAGCACAAGAACAAAGCUGAGUGUCUGCAGAAGACAGACUAGAAGACAAAUCAUUUUUCUAUGUAUAUGGCAUUCACUCCAAGAUACACCAUGUGUGUGCACAGAUGCAUAUUGACAUGUACACACAUUACACAAGAGUCAAACAAAUCUCCUUCUCAUGUAACCAUGAGAGCUGAACCCACAUGACCUGGUAUUGCAAAGCAUGUUUAAUCAGUGUUGGGCAGCCACAGUACAUGUUCAUAUGAGACAAGCCAGCUUAUGGUUGCUGCUCAUAAUGUGUGUACCAGCAUGAGAUGCAAGUCUUACCCCCAAAUGCCUAAUCCAGAAUGAGCAGAAUUGUUUCAUUCUUUCUGACUCCCACCCAAAUCUAAUGAAGGGGCCUUGGGUAGGGCAAGGUCACACAAGUCAUGGUUCAUACAAAUAAAGGGAUAUGAAUUAGUAACUCUUUCUUUAGCCACGGGUAGGACUACUUAGGCAGCUUGGUCUAGCAGCCUUUGCACACAGCAAGACAACUCUGUUGACAGGUUCCAAACAGCUAGAUGUGUUUACAUAUAAAGGCAAUGGAACUUUUGCAUUGUCUUUGUGCAUUAGGGAAUCCUAAACUAAAAGGAGACCCAUUAUCUUUAUUUGUUCAAGUGUCAUAAAAAUGUAGGGAAACUGUACAAAAAUGUUCUACUUCAAUUUUGAUGGUAGAAACUUAGUAUGCUGUGGAGGUGAAAGCAAGUGUCAUUGUUUUGUAGUGGGAUAACUUUUGAGAUAUCAAGAUAACAAAGCCUUGUUUGAGGUUCUGUCUGUGUAGGGGGUUUCUAAAUGAAUGUUGGGUUUAUUGUAGAAAUUAGCUUUUGUAAUGGUGAUGGGUCGGCAUAACACGUUAUACUGAUACUUGGAAAGUUAAAAUUUUGAGAGUGAUUCCUUGUAAACUGGGUCGCUAUUUUGAUUUCAUAUAGCAUCAGAAGUGUAAUGGAAGAUACUAUGAAUGAGUUGUGUUAAAUACUUACUCAUGCACAGCUCUCCUUUGAGUAUAUUUCCUCCAGUGACCUAAGAGAAUACCUAAGUAUUCACCUAAGAAAGGAAUACAUUUUUACCAAUAUACUUCAUUAAAAAAUGUAAAAGGGCUACAAAAACAUGCAUAAAUUAAUCAGCUGUGUCAUUAGUCAGAGCAGUACACUAAUUUGUAAAGUUGUUUAAAUGUUAUCAGUGGGCUCAUAAAGCUGUAUGUCCCCUUGCUAUUGAAAAUGCUAUCUGGAAGUUAUACAUCUAAGUAUAAUUUCUGGAGUAGAUAUAUGCAGUAGAUUUGUAUGACAUUUAGUCUGUAAAUUUUUUCUCUUUUUGGUACCGGGAAUGGAACUAAAGGCCUCGCGUUUGCCUGGUAGGUGCUGCCCUGCUGAGCUACAUCCCCAGCCCUAGUCUAUAAAUUUUUUAAUUCUGUUCUGAAGUGCAAAGCAGCAGUGGCCAGUGCCAGUUAUGUUUGACUGGAUCUGUGUUUCUCAGCUAAGGCAUUCCCUUUCCUUCCCCAUGCUGUGGACAGUGUCUUGAGACAUUUUUCAUCAUCAUGGCGCGAGGCUGCUACUAGCGCAUGUGGGUGGUGGCCACAGACCUUGCUAACUGUGCUACAGUGUGUGGGCCAGGUCCUCACAGCAAAUAAUUGCCUGGCCUAAAACGUCGGAAGGGCCAAGGUUGAGAAACCCUACGUUAGACCAAAGUGAAUGUUUGACUGUUCUACCUUAUCGUCACAUGCUUACUGUUCAAAGUAUGACUGUGAUUUCCUAAGUGUUUUGUUAGGGUAGCUCAUAGUUUGCCGUGACUUGAGAGUGAUAAUUCAUAAUUAUGCCAGAUAUAUACAUUUGUCUGUGUUUGGUUCAAUGAAACUGAACAAGAAAUCUGUGGGGGGGGAGUGUAUAUUUGUGAAUGUGUGUGUAGCCUGGAGUUAUGCAUCUUUCUCUAUUGAAUAUAUAUGUUCCUAAGUAAGAACUUCUUUAGAGUUAUCCUGUAGAGCACUCUGGAAUAUGCUAUUACUAUUAAGAAAUUGAGUUAUAAACUCCCAUUAGUUGGGUGGGGGAUUUAGCUCAGUGGUUCCGGCACCUGCCUCACAAGCACAAGGACUCCAAGUUCAAUCCCCGGUACCAAAAAACAAAACAAAACAAAACAAAAAACCAACCAAACAACUCCCAUUAGUUAAUUUUGUUGAUCUGAACUUAGGACCCUUAGAAUUGUAGGUACUUUCCAACUUGGUCCAAUUUUAAUUUAGUAUUCCUGACUCUUAAGACUCAGCUCAGCUGGGCAUGGUGGCGCAUUUCUGUAU